UGCACACGCAUGCUGGUGGUGGAGUGCUGCGAGUGCGUGUCAUGUGACCACCUCGUGAUUAAGCUGUGUGCGCCGUGUAUGGCCUGGCAAAAUUUUAUGGACAAUCGUGGAUCCAGCGUCUAAUUAUUUGGAGACGUGUUUUGCUGAGCUGUCUUUGUGCGAAGGAGCAUUCUUUGCAGUUGCAGUUUCUGUGUGAAGUCAAAGUUUUUUCUUCCUUCCGAGGUUUCCCCUUUUCUCCGUUACUUGCGGAGAUUAAUAUGAGCACCCGACGUGUCGCGACCCGCAGCAUGGCUGUGCGAGCUCCUCCUGCUGCUGCAGCACCCCCUGCUCCCCCGACCCGCAGCAUGGCGGCUCGAGCUUCUCCUGCUGCUGCAGCACCCCCUGCUCCCCCGGCAACGCCGGCUCCGGCGCCUGGGUUUUCUCCUGGCCAAAUGGCAACCCUCCAGGCCUUGAUCGCCACAUCUGUCCAGGCGGCUGUUAGAGCCGUCGCCCCUGCAGCCUCGGGUCAGGCGGAGUCGACACGCCGUCCGUCCCGCCCGGCUGCCCCUGCCAACACUGCCGAGCCUCGGGUGCAGGUGGAGGAGUCGUUUCCUACAGUUCUCAAGGGCCUUGAGAGGAGGCAGGGUCCCGCAACCACGACGCGGAGAGGUCUCACUGGGCAAGAUCUGGCCGACUUACAGCAUUUCCUACUCCGGUCCAACUACAGCGAGUCGGACCGCGCAAUGAUCUGGGCCAGUGUCUUGACAGCGUUCCACGGCCUUCUGCGGGCGAGUGAGUUCCUGGCACCGCAUGCAACAAGAGUCGAUAGCACGCGCACGCUAACCUGGCAGCAGAUCAGUGUCCAGGCAUCAUCGGCAGUCGUCCGCUUGCGGGUGACGAAGACAGCCCAGCUGGGUGACGGCGGCCAAGUACAGCUGCGCGAGACACGCGACGACUUCUGCCCUGUGCGUGCCCUGACCGCCUAUCUGGACCUUGCGGGUCAGAGAGAGGCGACGGAGCCAGUGUUUGUGUUUGCGUCUGGCCGGUUUCUGACCAGGGAGGAACUGACCAAGAUUCUGCGGCUAGCCCUGAGGACGAACGAGGUCAGCUCUCACUCCAUGCGUAUCGGUGGCGCUUCACUCAUGGCUCAGCGUGGGGCAAGUGAAUGGCAAGUAAAGCGGGCGGGCCGCUGGAGAAGCUCUGCAUGCGAACGUUAUGUGCGGCAGGCAGCCGGGAUGCCUAGCUUGUAAGUUAUUGAGCGGCGCUCGCCAUGAUAACUAGUGUGUGUAUGCCUGCACGGGCGCGGUAUUAAUGUGAGGAAUUCGCGGCACCUGCAGCUGUGGUCACAAAGCUAGCUCGUUGUGGGUUGCGGGGAUCGGGAUGCCAUGGUUUCUAGGACUACUAUCUUUUUUGGGGCAAACGGGCCUCCUAUUAUGUCUGUAUGUUGUGACGCCUGAUGCCAGGCAGUCGUGUGAGCCCUCGGUGGGCGAUUGGCUGGCCUCGGUGGCCGUUUGUGUGCCCUCGGCGGGCAAGAUGAUAUCGGCCCACGGUGGGCAGUUUGCUUGCCUCGGUGGCAAUUUGCGCACCCUCGAUGGGUUGUCUGCUGGUUUAGCCCUCGACGGGCGGUUUGCUGGCCGCGGCGGCCAUUUGAGCGCCCUCGGUGGGCAGUAUACUAGUUUACCCCUCGGCGGGCGGUUUGCUGGCCUCGGCGGCCAUGUGUGCGCCCUCGGUGGGCAGUAUGCUAGUUUAGCCCUCGGCGGGCGGUUUGCUGGCCUCGGCGGCCAUUUGCGCGCCCUCGGUGGGCAGUAGGCUAGUUUAGCCAUUUGGGCGCCCUCGGUGGGCAGUAUGCUAGUUUAGCCCGCGGCGGGCCGCGGUGGCCAUUUGGGCGCCCUUGGCGGGCGGAUGCUAGUUUCAGGCAUGCAUCUUUACUCAAUCAAUUAUUAUCAAAGAGCAUAUUCUUGAAUAUUUGAAUUGUCCAAAAGAAAUCAUGGCAACCCCCAACCCAAUGUGUCUAUUGUACGUUUGUGCACGCCAUAGUGAGCGGUACGUUGUGCGGGUGUCUGCGUGUCAGAGCAUGGGUACACCAGUGGCGUGUGCGUGCAUGUGUGCGCUUGCGUCUGGCUGCAUGAGUGCACGAGUGCCCAAGCUGGGCGUGCGGGUGCACUUGAGGUGCUUGCAUGUUGACGGGUGCAGGGGUUAAAUGUGGGCUUUGCGCAGCAAAGCCUAGUUAGCCCAUGCACACGCAUGCUGGUGGUGGAGUGCUGCGAGUGCGUGUCAUGUGACCACCUCGUGAUUAAGCUGUGUGCGCCGUGUAUGGCCUGGCAAAAUUUUAUGGACAAUCGUGGAUCCAGCGUCUAAUUAUUUGGAGACGUGUUUUGCUGAGCUGUCUUUGUGCGAAGGAGCAUUCUUUGCAGUUGCAGUUUCUGUGUGAAGUCAAAGUU